AUGAUGCAAAAUUUGGAUAGACCAACAGAGAUAUGUACUAAUCAAGUUUUAUUAUCUAUUCCUAUUGAUGGUCGAUGGAUAUGGGAUGAAAAGAAAAAAGAACUUGUUUAUGAAAGUCGUCAUCGAAUAAAUAAUAAUAAAAAAUCAAUUUCAAAUGAAUUAUUAAAAAUUGAUCUAAGAUCUGGUUUAAUUCAUUAUCGAAAACAAAAUCGACCUUUACAAUAUAUUAUUAAAACAAAAGAUAAUAACAAAAUUACACUUGAUGAUGUUAUUCGUUAG